ACCCGCGAUUGCAUCGACUGUCAAUGGUGGAGAGACAUGCGCCAUGGAGACGGAGGACAUUCAGAUGGCUGCAAGGAAGGGAAUUCGGCAGGAGGGAACAACGCAGACUGUGCAGAGGUGCUUGCGACAAUAUGUGCACAGACUGCAGAGAUGAUGGGUGAUGGUGAUGAAACAGAGAAUGAUGCAGGAGGGAACACUUGUGAGUCGGAAAUGGUUGGGGAAGAGAGAGAGGAGGGAGGUAUGGGAAGCAGGGAAUCUCUGACAGGGUGUAUUGUGAAAGUUGAAAAUGUGGUAAAGACAUCAGCAGGAGAAGAGUACCCAUAUGACAUCAAUUGGGUGUCGGGUCGUGUUCAACCGGGUAUUGUUGGAGGAGCACCCUGCUUUGCGUUCAAAGUCGAAGGGACAUGGAUUCCAUUUCCUGCCCCCCCAAAAAAUACAUGGCGAAACGUGACUCUGACAAUCGUGUUUGAGAGACUAUUAAGGUUGAACGAUGGGGCAACAACAAAGGUGAAAGAGCGAUAUGCAUUGGACAUGUGGCGUCUUCUGGAGGCGCAGGGCGAGUUCGGGCUGAACGAUUUUUUGUACGACAGAUUUGAUUGUGGACAGGCAUGGGUGAUUGGCGGGAACGACGCAACAGGGAGUACGGCGUGCCAUGAGAGCGAUGCGAGGAGGGAUCCUAGGUGGGGUUGGGUGCCAUGUGUGAUCCCGAUUCCAUGUGGCCGUGUGAGGAUGAUGAUGUGUGAUGUCAUGGGAAAUGUCUGGAACACGCAUUAUGUGAAUGGCAACUUCUCCUUCAGGCAUCUCGACAGGGAGGUCUCAGAAGACGAGAAGAAGGCAAUGGCAUGUAAUACCCAUACUGCUGGCUGCUUUUUCCCGCCGCUUCGGAACCCUGUGGAUUCGGAGGUGGUUGAAGGGAAAGUUUUCACUGGUGAGGAUGGCCGCACAUACACGCAUGCAAGAGGGCAGGAAGCCACGUAUGAUGGAGUAUGCUCGCAGAUAUGGGACCAUGUCACAAUAAGGAGUGACGUUCUGUCUGCCAUGGACAUUGGGGCCCGUGUCACCCCUGAAGGACAGUUGCAGCAGCAUAUGGCCCCUGAAAAGUAUGACUAUCGUGUCAAUUGGGUCCCAGGAUGUUUGCAUCUUGCAGUGGUUGAUGGCAAGUUCCUCGUGGCUCUAGCACGAGUUUCAAUUUUCAAUGUGAAUGUAAAGGACCACGUCCUGGUGGUUGAACACGCAAAGCGGUGCUGGGAGAAGAUAAGGGAGGAGGAGCGUCAGAUGGUGUGCACGGAUUAUGACUCUAUGGCUGACCAGUGGAUGUGGUCCAUGGUUGAGGGGAGUUGUACGGCCCAAGAGCACGGUAACGGUCAGAACAGAUACAUGGCUCUCAUUCGCCGCAGGCACGGUUGCACGACCGUUCUUGGUUGGGUCCCGGUCGUAUGUCCCAUGACAUAUGAGCAUGGUGAAGACGUCACCAUGAGAUUCAGAGACACGCUUGAUGUGCCUUUCCAUCUGACCUACUCAGAUGGACUCCUGCGAGACAUUCGGUAUCUGCCGGAGGAUGGCUUGCCAGGUUCAGCGCAGGCAGGCAAGAGGAUAGAGAAGCGCUCAGAAAUUUACCGUUUGUCUGCUGAGGUGGAGGGCCCAUGUGGUCCUGGUCGCGUCGGGGGGUGCUGUGCAGCACAGGGUGACAUGGGCGGGCCGAGUGAUGUCGCGAUGUCGCAGAGCCCGGGGAAGAAGAAGAAGUGCAUGUCGGGACCGCCACGUGGGCAGACGCCCGCAGGCAGAAAGAAGGUGAACCCGAAGGCUGUGCCAGGGACCGGAGACUCCGCAGGUGCACGAACUCGGGUCCCCAGACGCCGUCGACGCCUCGGGAUGGCAACUUUGUCGGAAAUCAGAAAGUUGCAACGAUCCACCGACCUUUGCUUGGCUUUCAUGCCGUUUUUGCAUCUCGUGCGCGAGGUUGUGGAGCGGGACAUUGCUCCGGGUAUGGGCGUGAGGUUUCAGAUGACGACGGUGCGUGCUUUGAUGGAGGCUGUCGAGGCGUACCUGGUCGCCAAUUUCGAAAACACCAACGAGGUGGCCAUCCAUUCGAAGAGGGUGACGAUCCAGGCCAGGGACAUGAGACUGGUGGAUAGGUUGUCGAAGCCUCGCUGGGUUGAGAAAUAUCAAGGUAUGUUGGACGAGAAGGUGAGAUCUGAGGAGAGACAGGAAUGGAUGGACGCCAGACAGACGGAAAGGGAUGGCAGUAGAGCAGGGGCGAAGAAGAGGAAAGCAGUGCCACGUAAGGGGGGGUCCGCGAAAAAAAAGGAAGCUUGAUAAUUCUACUGUGUGAUCCCUAUAACGGUUGUCCUGUCAAAUC